AUGGUUAAACUUUUCUUAGUGUUUUCAUUGUUUCUAUUUAGUUAUGCCCUUUACGAUACAUGUCAAACAGCUCAUGAAAUUUCUUUAGCUGAUUUAGAUGAAAAUAAAGUUGCUUCGUUUGAUGGAGAUACUACAAAACAAACAAACUUUUGUUGGGUUUGUAAUCCAAGAUUUGGAUGUGGAGUUGAUCAGGAUUCAUUCCCAAGAUCUGCAUUCUAUAAAUUUACUUUAAAACAAAAUAUGCCAAUUGAAAUUAGUACUUGUAAUACUUACACUAAUUAUAAUACAAGAAUUGCUGUUCUUACAGAAUGUGAAACAAGUAGAGCUCAUACAUGUGCAUCAUCUAAUGAUGAUGAUGGAGAAAUAGAUGUUUGUGCAGGAGGAAAGUCACAACUUGUAUUUAAUGCUGUAGCUGGAACUACAUAUUAUAUUGUUGUUUCUGGAACAACUGCUUCAGAUGUUGGAUUGUUUAGAGUAACUGUUAAAAAAUUUGAAAACUCAUAUAAACCAACAUGUGCUGAUGCUAAAACAGUUUCAUUCCCAGGUACAUUUAAUGGGUACAUUGAUAAAACUAUGCCAGUUACUGUUCCAGGUCAAUCUGGAAAAGAUUCAUUUUAUGGUACAUGGUUUAAAUAUGUAUCUACUUCUGACCAAUCUGUUUUUAUCGAUACAUGUGGAGAUUAUACUGCUGAUUUUGAUCCAGAAUUGUAUGUAUUUGAAGGAACAGAUCAAACAUGUAGUGAUGUUAUUAAUGUAGGGUAUGAUGAUAAUACAUGUGGAGGUUCUAAUCCAAGAAUUAAUAUAAACUUUAGUAAAGGAAAAGUGUAUUAUAUUCUUUUAAGUAUGAAAGAUGGUGAAAAGGGACAAUAUCGAUUAAAUUUAAGAACUGGUGUUGCUGAAAAUAAUCGAUGUACUGGGGCCAUCGGAAUUACUUCUCUUCCUUUUAAAAUUACUUUACCAAUGUUAAACUUUGUUCCAGAAGUACAGUCGUGUAAUAACAAUAAAUAUGUUGGAAUGUGGUAUACUAUUGUAGGAGAUGGAGGAAGAUAUAUCAUUGAUACUUGCGAUAGUAAUCCUAAUGGAAUUGGGUCAGGGUAUGUUACAGGUCUUGAAAUAUAUCCAUACUGUUCUACUGACUCUAUGGGAGAAUGUCUUACUGAACAGUAUUCUAAUUGUGGAGAUGAUGCGUUUAUUGAAAUGGAGUUAAAAGAAGGAGUUCUUUAUUAUAUUAGAGCAACAUGUAUUAUUUCAGAUUGUGCUGUUACAUUGAAAGUUGACAAAACUGAUGCUACUAAUAAUAAUGCUUGUAUUAAACCAAAAAUUGUUUCAUUGUUUAAGGAUGGAGAUUCUUAUGAAGAUCUUGGUGUUAAUGCAAGUAGUUUAGAACUUUCUCCAAGUGGAUGUGAUUCAGGAACACAUUAUACUCGUGGUGGAUGGUAUGCAUUCCUUUCUGUAACAGAAAAAGUUCAACACAUUGAUGUUAUUGUAACACCUAAAUUACCAAAUGACUAUUAUCCAUACAUAGAACUUCAUAGCGAUUGUAAUAUGUAUUAUUGUGAUGAUACUUCAUCAAAUAUGAUAUUCUCAUUCCAAUUUGCUCAUAAACUUAGUCAUAAUUAUAAGAUUUUAUUUGCAACUGUUAAGGCUAACAAAAAAGAUAUUGAUCCAUAUGGUUCAUUUGAUUUCUGGGCAACAAUGAAGGGUUAUAUUGAUGGUGACUCAUAUUCUAAUCCAUAUAAACUCACAACAAUUCCGUUUACACAUGUUGGAUAUAUUGAUACUGUUGCACCAUUUGUUUCUGCAUGUUAUUUGAAAAAUCAUAAUAAAAAAGUUACAGUUAAUGGUGCAUGGUAUAGUUAUUUCCAAGCACCAAAUAAGACUGUUAUUAUUAAUACUUGUGGUCCAGAAACACACAUUGACACAGCUCUUGAAGUACUUAAACCAGGAAAAACAUUUGAAGAAAGAGAAUGUGUGUUUGGAAAUAAGGACGACGAUUCUCCUAAGUGUGGAGAACAAGCUAAACUUAGUGUAUAUGGUUUUGAAGAAACAACUCUUCUUUAUACUGCUGUUAUUAGUGAUCCUGAAACCAAUAACAAUUAUGGUACUUAUAGAGUUUCAUUCUACUAUGACGAACCACCAACAAAUAGUAAAUGUUCUGAGCCUGUUUUUAUUAAUAAUUUCCCAUAUGACCAUUACACUUAUAUUACUAAAGCUGCACAAACAGUCAUUACUUGUAAUUCUACUUCUAAAAGUUCUUUGGGAACAUGGUACCGUAUUACUGCUCCUCAUGAUGGUACUUUCUAUCUUUUAGCAGAUGAUCUUUCUGAAGUAACAACGACUAUUGCUUUAUUCUCAUCCCCAUCAUGUAUUGUAUCAGAAGGUAUCAAUAGACCAACUGAAUGUAUUGAUAUAUUUGAUCAUGAAAAUUCUCCAUAUGGUCAUAGAGGAAGCCAUACUAAAUUAGAAAUGGAAAAGGGAGAUGAAAUCCUUGUUUUUGUUGGUGCUGAUUCAACUGCAGAAGGUAUUGUUCAUUUCAAAAUGACCUUUGUUGAAAAAGAAACUCCACUUUUCAUUCCAAGUGCUUUCUUCUUGAGUAAAUUAUUCUGGGUUAUUCUUGGAUAUUUCAUUAUUGCACUUGCUAUUCUCACUGGAAUCCUCUUUGGAAUUCUUUAUUGGUUUAAUAACAGACAUAAAAUUGACUAUGGUAAGUUAUAA